CCUAUUUACUUGAAUAUAUUUUCAGUAAGGUUUUGGGAGUAGGAUGAAGACAACCGUAGGAGAUGAAAAAACACAAAAAUAACCUCUCCUUGGUAGCUGUAAGAUGAAAACUAGUUCUGGAAAAAUCAGUGUUCAAAUACCUUCUUUGGCCUCCACAAAUGUGUACUGCUGGCUCCAAAAAUUAUCCUCCUAGCUUCCUGGGAAUUACUGAUUGUCUUUGAAGAAACAUGAAGUCACAUUCUGUUAUUACGCUUACUCUAGCCAUCUUGAUGUUCCUGACGUGGAUCCCUGUGUCACUGAGCUGUAACAAAGCACUCUGUGCUAGUGAUGUGAGCAAAUGCCUUAUUCAGGAGCUCUGCCAGUGCCGACCUGGAGAAGGAAAUUGUUCCUGCUGCAAGGAGUGUAUGCUGUGUCUUGGGACCCUUUGGGAUGAGUGCUGUGAUUGUGUUGGUAUGUGUAAUCCUCGAAAUUAUAGUGACACACCUCCAACUUCAAAGAGCACAGUGGAGGAGCUUCAUGAGCCAAUCCCUUCUCUCUUCCGGGCGCUCACAGAAGGAGACACUCAGCUGAACUGGAACAUCGUUUCCUUCCCUGUUGCAGAAGAACUUUCACAUCAUGAGAAUCUGGUUUCAUUUUUAGAGACUGUAAACCAGCCACACCACCAAAAUGUGUCUGUUCCCAGCAAUAAUGUUCACGCACCUUAUUCCAGUGACAAAGAACACAUGUGUACUGUGGUUUAUUUUGAUGACUGCAUGUCCAUACACCAGUGUAAAAUAUCCUGUGAAUCCAUGGGGGCAUCCAAAUAUCGCUGGUUCCAUAACGCCUGCUGCGAGUGUAUUGGUCCAGAAUGUAUUGACUAUGGUAGUAAAACUGUCAAAUGUAUGAACUGCAUGUUUUAAAGAGGCGAAGAAGUGGAAACCAAAGCAACCCAGUCAAAAAGAAAGGUACGAAAAGCUACUCACUGACAUGCUGGUUGCAUCCAAAUGCCAGCAGGUUAAGAAGAUGUAAAGAAUUUGGACCAACAUACUUUUUAAGUAUGUCAAAUUCAGCAGUGUGUUAAAUUGUGAUAACUGCAUAUUUUUAUUGUCCACUAGCAAUAAGCUCUUUCCUCUAAAUACAUGUACAGCUUUGGUCAUAUGAGAAGCAGUUGCACAGAGAAUACUUGAAAGAUCUGAGGUUUCUAACAUAAAGCCUGAUAUCAUUUUGUUCUUACAUUCCAAAAACCUUUUGUUUUGGAAGUGUUAGAGCAUGUAGGCAUAAGUUAUGAUUUCUUCAUGUACUCCUCCUAGGACACUGAGUUUUCAUAGUUGUAUGCCAUCCUUCACUGUGCCUUGUGGUGUUUACCUGUUUUCUAAAUAGGGUAGAUAUCUAAAUGUAUUACCCUGAGAUGUUAUUAAAAUCAUCAUAGAAAGCUUAAUUUCAAGUCUUUUUAUGUUGGUUUUGGAAAGUAAAUGCUUACUAUAUUUUACAAUUUAAAAUUUUUACGUAGAAUCCAUCCUAUAAUACACAUACUUUAGGGAAAGUUUCUCCUUCCCUUCCAUACCCCUGCCCAAAGGGCUGACGUAGGUAGAAAUGAAGAUUCUUUAUCAAGAAUUUCAGGGCACACCUGAGACUGCGUUAAAUAUACUGCUAGCAUAAAUAGGUAGCAAGUUAAAGCAUUUCUCUGACUAAAGGUACCAGCUUAAAAGAGCACUAGGAAUGGGAAACGACUCAGAUCAAACUCCAGCAAGGAAACAAUUUGUCCCUUGUACAGAAAUGGCAAAGCUGAGAGGUGGCACUGUGCUCAGGCGAAGAGUGAGCCCACUCAGCCUCAGCGCACACAGCCACUUUCUGCCACAGAUGAGUGACAGGAGGGGCUAAAGAACAGAAUUUAUGGGUAUGAACUGGUUGAAAAUCCUGGCAAUUCUAAUGGGAAACAAAACUAUUUACAUUAAUUGUUACUUUGUAAUCUUUGAAGUUUAUAUCUAGAUCAAAUGUUCUUAUUAAACAAGUAUAACCAUACGGUAGGAGGUUAAGAUUAUGAAAUCAAAAAAACAACACUUCAAAUACACUACAGAAUAUUUUGUCAGCUUUUUGUGUAAUGUUUCAAUAAAGAUAAGCUUAGAUACUGUGUGCCCUUCAUAGUAAUAAAAUUGCAAUCUUCAAGCAUCUAAAACGUUUAUGUUACAGAGACUCUUAAUUUUAUAGAAUUACUAAUUUCUCAAAUAGGACACAUUUGAAUUACACAAAACUUUUUAGGAAUACCUCUUUGUAUGUCUAAAUAUUUUAGUACAUAAAAUAGAUAAUGCUCUUUGUAUUUGUAUUCAUUAUCUGAACAGUAGUUAGUUACAAGAUCAUAUGUAGUAUUAUGAUUAGCAAUCAUAAAGUUUAAAGCCUUAAUACCUUUUCUGCUCUUUCAGAUAACUCUAAUGAAUACUCAAGGUACUUUAGCUUUUUAUAAAGUUGCAAUUUCGGUUAUGGAUACUGUUUUUUUAAUAGGAAAAAAUUGGGAUAUCCUUUUCUUACUUUUACCCAGAAUGCCUCUGUUUAAAAGUGCCUUGAAAACAUUUUAGCUCCGGUUCUUCAUUAAUACCAAUCAAGCUGAAGGUUUUUUUGAACUUAAGACAGUUUUAAAGGAAUCUGUAGCCAGGUUGGUUCAUUUCAACUUUGCAGUUUUUUCAAAGUAAUUUCAUAUUUACCUAUGAAUAGAUGAAUUCUGCUGUGUUUAUUGACAACAUGCUUAAUGUUUCCUUAAACACAGCAACAAACUUUUUAAAACUGCAUUUAUCAUCAUUUUUAGGUCUUCAUUAUUAAAUUUUAAAAUGUAAUAUAUCUCCUGCCCCCUGCAUUGGGAAGAUAAUUUCUUGAACCAUAUUAUGUUUUAACUGAUUUUUCUUACUCUCUUUCUCCCAACAGAAAUUAUCUCUAAAUGUAAUGCUUUAUUUUUCUGGUUUAUAAAGGUGUUGAAACACAGUGCUCACCUGAAAGAUUCCAUUUCAGGUUUUGAAUAACAAUAUUUUUUCAAAUCAAAAGUAUAGCGUUUGGGAAGCCAGUAGUCCCACUAAAAAUUAGACCUUCUAUUACCAUUCUAAGCACAAUUCACUUCUCUACAGAAGCUCUAGUAAAAAAAAAAAUUUUUUUAAUAAAAAAUUGGGUUCUUGUCUUUUUUAUAACUAGAUUUUAAAACACUAAAUUUUAAAUCAGUAGGCAUUAUAAAAACCAUAUAUAAAAGGCUUUUUCCUAUAGUAAAACAUGUCCUUGCUAGCAGGUUUUUCUGCCCCCUCUUCCCAGUAACAUCUAAUUAUUACUAAAACUAUAGUGGCACCAAAUCAAAUAGUAAUUCAAACAGAGCAAGUCUUUGUUUACAUAGAAUGCUGUAAAGGAGAGGCCUUCAUUUAGAAAUGUGAUUUCCAAGGUUUCAGAACACAAAAUUGAUGAGAUGUUAGACUAUUUGAACAAUUAUUUAUAAAUCACAGUAGCAUUAAAAUGGAGAAAUGAAACUUCUGAAAAAUGAGGUAAAUAUAUAAAUAAGCCACAUAUUUAAAGUUUGUUUUUAUAAAAGUUUCUUUGAAUGUUUGUAAAUCUAGUCUGCAUUCCCAUGAGCCUAUGUUUAUUGUAUUUUACAUGAUUUACAACUUAUAAAAUUAUGUGCUUUUUCCUUUGGUUGUCCCUAUUAAAUAAAGUAUUUUAAUAAAAAAUUGAAA